AUGGCCGACGAGGAAGAAGCUGAAGAAGUUCCGAUCGGCGAGCUGGCCGAGGGGCCCGGGAAGGAAUUUGAGAUAUAUUUAAAGAGCGAAGACAUGGUGGAAAAACUGAAGCUGCUGAACUACGAGGAAGGCUUCUUGGUGCUGAACAAAGCUUAUAGACCCAUUCAGAGGCAUUACUUUGUGAAAUCGACAAACAUCGGCGAGCAGUUCUUUCUUUUCACCUCAUUAGCAUCUUGGUUGAUCCGGAAGUGCGGGAAUGAAGGUUUCGAGAUGCCGCAAGAGUUCGACGACCCGAACAGCACCAUCACAAACAUUGUCAGCGAGGUCAGGAGCAAGGGCAUCCAAGUCGACUUCUCCACCUCAAAGUUGAAAUCGGGGGCCGGCGACCAGGUGCUGACCGUCUUGGACUCGUUGGCCGAUGCGGCGCUUGUGGCGACGGGAUUUACAUGGGAAAAGAUGAUCCCGCCGACGCAUGAGGAUGAGGACAUGAACAUCGACUCGGAGAAGGACUCUGACUCGGAGGGGGCGCUCGAUGAUGAGGUCGACCUUGCCGAAGAUGACGACGACAAUGCGAUCCUUGUCGAUCUGGCGGCUCCGAUUGGAGCAGUGGAGAAGCUACCUCAGCAAGAGCUGCUGAAGAGUACGGUAGAUGCUCAGGCGUGGAAGGCCGAGGUCGAGCGGGUCACGCCACAGCUAAAAAUUACGAUUCGACAAGAUGCAAAGGACUGGCGAAUGCACCUUGAGCAGAUGCACGCCAUGCACAAAAAUAUGGAGGAGCUGAUCGGGGUCGUCACGCCACAAAUUGGACAGAUCACCUCCGAGUUGGACAAGUCGUUGGAACGGAUCGAUACCCGGGAGAAGAAUUUGAACCAACAGCUCUCCGGGCUCAUCGCCAAGUUCAGACAAUCGACUGAUGCCAGGGCUGAAGCGGCUCAGCGAUAUAAGACGGCCAGUGUCGGAAUCACAGAUCGAGAAUCAACUCUUCAACGAGUUUCCGAUGACCUCGACCAAAUCAAGCAACAAAUCGAAGAGGAAGGCCAAAAGAAUAGUGAUGGAGCUCCACUCGUCAAGGUGAAACAGGCGCUACUAAAGAUCGAGGAAGACAUUGCGAGGAUGAACGUGCAGAUCGGGGUGUUGGAGCAAGGGCUGCUUGCUUCUCAUCUUCGCGAACGGGUCGCCUUCGCCCAGGAGGCAUACGCCGGUGCUCAGCUACAUUUUCCUGGCGAAAACCAUCUACAGAACGUGCAGCAGUUGACAUUUGGAGGCCAGAAUGCGGAGGGGUACUUCAGCUUCGACGACAACUUUUUAACGUUUCAAGCUAUGGGAAAAGAGAGAUAUGGAACGAAUUGUGAUCAGAUCUACCGGCUCGACCUGCGAGUAGAUGCUCAUAAACAGACUCCCCACCGCAUUAGCAACGGCAUUGGGGGCACCACUUGCUCGUAUUUCUACCCGGAUAACUCUCACAUUCUCUAUGCCGGAAAUUUUCACAAAACAAAAAUCGACCGCUCGAAACCGGAUAUGGACUCCUGCCCGGUGAAGAAAUGCCAGUCCCCCGAAGCCAAGACCGACCAAAAGCUCGCCAAUUUGUGUAAUACCUCGUAUACCUGGGAUUUGUUCCCGGAUUAUGACAUCUUUCAAGUCAACCAAUAUGGAAAUAUUGUCUCCCAGUUGACUGAUGCGGAGGGUUAUGAUGCUGAGGGUACGGUAUCGCCUGAUGGGAAGACGAUGGUUUUCACCUCGCUUCGCAGCGGUGAUCCUGAGCUGUGGCUGAUGGACUUGGCCAAUGGCUCGGUGUGGCAGCUUACCAACGUGACCGGAUAUGAUGGAGGAGCCUUUUUCUCGCGAGACGGCCAAAAGAUCGUGUUCCGCGCGUCGAGACCCGCAUCGCCAGGAGACCUCCAGAAAUAUCAGGAUCUCCUAAGCUACAACCUCGUCGCCCCGACGGCUAUGGAAUUGUUUACGAUCAAUGUAGACGGUUCUAACAUGAAGCAGAUUACUCACCUUGGCGGCGCGAAUUGGGCUCCCUUCUAUCUCAACGACUCGAGGAGGAUCAUUUUUAGCACUGACUUCAACUCGGCUCAGGGUUUCGGCGCCUUCGAUCUGUUCCUGAUCAACGAUGAUGGCACCGGGUUGGAGCAGGUCACCUUCGACAACGGCCAAUUCGACGCGUUUCCGAUGAUGAACUACGCGGGCACGAAACUGGUGUGGGGCUCAAGCCGUAACGGCUCGGCCUACGAGCUCAACCUGUUCAUCGCCGACUGGGUGGACAGCCCGAGCACCCGGGCAAAUCGGUUGGAGGACCAGAACCUUGAGCAGCAGCUUGAAGACGUUGAGGCCGAGAAGCCAAGCCCAAGGUGGCAAGACUUGGAGACCGAACCCUACGACAAUGUGGUGCACUAUGCUGGUGAAGUCCAUCUGGCGAAUGUGAAGCAAUUGACAUUUGGUGGUCAGAAUGCUGAGGGAUACUUUAGUUUCGACGACACCCGGCUAACCAUCCAAGCUACCGGCGGAAACUAUUACGGAACAGACUGCGAUCAGAUCUACGAAAUCGACCUCAACCACCCCCCAGAGUCCCAGAUUCUGCCCCGAAUGUCCACGGGGCUUGGCGGGACCACCUGCUCCUAUUAUUUCAACGAAAACGGCAAUCGGCACAGCUUGUACGCUGGCAACUUUUGGAAUGUGAAAAUCGACCCCAAGAACCCCUCCAAGUCGUGUCCAGUCAAGAAGUGCUCGCAGCCGAACAUCACGGACCCAGUGUUGGCAAACCUGUGUAAAACGGAAUACACAUGGGAUAUCUAUCCGGACUACGACAUUUUUAAGGUAAACGAGUUCGGAAAUGUCGUGCAACAACUGACGAAUCAUGAAGGCUACGAUGCGGAGGGAGUCGUUAGCCCCGACGGCAAGCUGAUCGCUUUCACAUCGAUUCGAAGCGGCGAUCUGGAGCUGUGGAUUAUGAAUAGUGAUGGGACGAACCCGAGACAGAGCGAGCCGCCCGAAGACGCGGAAGGAAAAAGAUACUUAUUUGUGGACAUCGACGGUUCCAACCUGCGACAAAUCACGCAUCUCGGAGGCGCCAACUGGGCUCCCUACUAUUUGAACGACAACAAAAGGGUCAUCUUCUCGACCGACUUCAACUCGACUGCCGGAUUCGGGGCGUUCGAUUUGUAUCUGAUCAACGAUGAUGGGACUGGGCUGCAGAGGGUGACCUACGACGACGGCAAGUUCGACUCGUUCCCUAUGAUGAACUAUGAGGGCACAAAGUUAGUAUGGGGCAGCAGCCGAAAUGGUACGAUGUACGAUCUCAACCUGUUCAUCGCCGAUUGGGUGGAUCCGGAAGCCCCAUCUUCAGCCUCAUCUUCAGCCCCAUCUUCAGCCCCAUCUUCAGCCCCAUCUUCAGCUACAAAUGCUCCAAAUGACCCUACCGGCACCACAUCGGCACAUACUCAGCCUCCAACCACAAGUUCUACUACGGAAUUCCAAGGAAAGGUUAUGGCAGUGGUC